AAGUUACUUUUAACCUAAACGAUAAGUUCCAUUGUCAUGUUCACUAAACGAUAAUGUUCUUGUUUUCUCUAUUAAGGUUAAUGGAAAAUCUCUAUUUUCCAUUUUUGAGUGAUAUUUAAUUUCCUUUGUUUUUUGAUUUUCUCUAUCUCUUUAGAUAACCCAAACAUCCAUCAUCCCUAGAUUGUGAAUCGGAGACUCCGAUCUAAUUUCGAACGGAGACGUCCAACGCCACCAAUCUCCGGAUCGACUUUCUCCCGUCUCCACCAUCAGGCACUUUUAUUUAUCUCUAUGGAUGCCAAAAGGUUUGAGACAACCUGCUCGAGAGAUGUAAUCAGCUGGCUCCCUGAUGAGGUUCUGGGCAAAAUCUUGUCCUUACUUGAGACAAAACAGGCUGCUUCAACAUCCCUUCUCUCGAGAAAUUGGAGGUAUGUGUUUAGAUUGGUGGAUCAUCUCGACUUUGAUGAUUCUCUCUCCCUGCAAGCCCAAGAGGCUCAACAACCAAGGUAUGCGUAUUGGGAGGCCUUCGAGAACUUUAUGCGCGCCCGAGGGAUCGAUGAACGAACUAGUUAUGUGUUCACGGAGGGAUUCAAGAAUAUGAUUGAUCGAACAUUAGCUUUGCAAUGUGAUUACCCGAUCAAGAAAUUCUCCCUAAAAUGUCACGUUGGCAAGGAUGAUGAGCGUCAGAAAGCUUGUGUGGGCCGCUGGAUAUCCAAUGUGGUAGGGCGCGGUGUUUUGGAAAUGGACUUAAGGAUAAAAGAUCGGGGUAUACACUUCCUGCCCCCUCUGCUCUUCGCAAGCAAAACACUGGUUAAGCUGACAAUAGGGACACAGCUCUGUCUUGGAAAGCUUCCUUCAUAUGUCUCACUUCCAUCUCUCAAGUUUCUCUUCAUCGAUACGGUUUUCUUUGAAUAUGAAGAUUUGUGUUUUGUGCUUCUUCCUGGUUGCCCGGUGCUCGAAGAAUUAUCAGUCCAUCACAUUAACUUUUCUGCGACGCCUCACACCAUAUCGAGUCCAACCGUCAAGAGACUAUCCGUUCACUACGAUUCUCCUAAUGAUGUUGAUGGUGCUUGUUAUAUGUCAUUUGACCUGCCAAAGCUUGUCUACCUUGAGUAUUCUCACUGUGCCUUGGGUGAGUAUUUGCAAGUUAAUCUCCAGUCCCUUGUCGAAGCUAAGCUGGACCUUUGGCUGGAAAGAAAGGUCGACAGGCUGGAUGUAACUGAUCUCGUUACAGGGAUAAGAAACGUUCAGACCCUGCAUCUUUCUCCUGGUUCUGUUGACGUGAUUUAUUUACACUGUAAACAUGGGCUGCCGGUGUUCAACAAUCUUGUUAAUUUAUCUUUGGGGAGUAAGAAUAAAAGAGGUUGGAAACUCCUAGCAUAUCUGCUUAAGCAGUCUACGAAGCUUGAAACUCUAAUCGUCAAGGAUCUGAAUGGUUACACCGGGGAUGUCUCAAUGCCUCCGAACAAAGUGAAGGUGUUGCAUAUUCUUGGUUAUCGGGGAACUGCGGAUGAGUUGAAACAGUUGAAGAGUUUUCUGGGGGAAUUCAAGUGUCUCGAACUGGUUCAAGUGGAUGUUGCAAAAGCUGCAGAGGAUGAUGGCCUAAUAUUGCAAAUCAAAAGGGAGCUUCUUGGAGUUUCACUUCAAUCCAAGUGCGAGUUCAAAGUCAAUUCAUAAUAAUAUGGCUAUGUAACUUUUUAAUAAACUCAAUACAAAAAGUCAGCUUAUAUGAGUUGAAUGUUAAAGAGUUUUUUAGUUGUAUUUCAGUUUCUGAAAGAAAAAGAAAAAACUAAUAAUGAUUUUUGGAAAAA